UCGUCUCUCCAUCAAACAUUUAACAUUCACAAUCACUAGCAAAAGAAUUCAGAAUAUCAAAGGAGAUAAAAGAAAUCAUGAGUUCAUCAAGUGCAAGCAAGGCUAUAGUGGCAGCAAGUGUUGGAAUUGUGGAGGCACUCAAGGACCAAGGGAUUUGCAGAUGGAACUCUGCUUUGAGAUAUGCUGGCCAACAAGCCAAGAGCCAAGUGAGGUCAUUUUCUCAGGCCAACAGCAAGCUCUCUUCUCCUUCUUCCUCAGCUCUGAGUAAAGUGAGAGAUGAGAAGAUGAAGAAAUCAGAGGAGUCUUUGAGGAUAGUCAUGUACCUCAGCUGCUGGGGUCCCAACAACUAAUUCAUUUGUUCAUUCACAAAAACAAAAACAAGAGCUAAUUAAGAUUGCAUGUUUUUGUGUAAGCGGUCGCUGAUGGAACACCCCAUGAAGGGCUUCUUGAGUUAUUAGCACAGGCAAUCGUUUGAGAUCGUAAGAUGCAGGCACUUGAUGUCUGCUCGGUCGUGGCAAAUUGAUGUAAAUUUUGAUAUGUUAUGACAAUUGCAAUAUGAAUUACCACACAUAUAUGUGUAUUUCUGAGAAUUGUUGCCUUGAGAUAUUGAGUUGAAUUAGGAAUUUCUUAUGGAAUUUGAAGUUUAAUUAAA